AUGGACUGGCUACCUAAGCAUCCACCACACUUCAUGAAGAGGAUGCGAGAUCCCUUUGAGAAUUCCAUGAAGGCAAAGAAAGCAAGACUGGGAGAAUCCACUGGGUCAAGACCUCCAGCCCCCCUGACUGGCUCUCCAAGUAAGUCUAUACCUCUCUCCCGCUCUGUUAAAAUAAAACCUAUUGCUUCUUCUCUUCCCCAAACCACUCCAGUAUACACCUCAUCUGAAACACCUCCCUUAACCACCAGAACCUCUAACCUACCCUUACUUAAAUUCAACCUUGCUACCACCACACUACCCGUUUUUGAAGCAAAAAUGUUGAAUGAAACUACCUCACCAUCAUCAUCAUCCUCACCCCAAUCCCCACCAUACUAUGUUCUCUCCUCUGAUAAUGAACCAUCUGACCCUCAAUCCCCCACUCUGGCUCAGCUACAAGCUCGUGCUCUAGCCUCUCAACAGCCAUCACACUCUAAACCUGAACCAGAAAUCACUUCCCCACCCCCUGAACAUCCAAAUCCAACUACAUCUAAACAGCCUCAAACACCACCACAUGCACAACAACAAAAUCCACCUCCUGAACAACCAAUCCAUUCGCCAUCUGAACCAAAUUCACAACCUAAACAAACAACACCGCCCCCCUCUGCCAUUCCCACACCACAAACCUCCGUUGCCUCCAUCACUCCCACUCUCAAUCUUGGUGACACCAAUCCACCUUCUCCAUCCUCCCCAACCUCUUCCACUGAACCAGAAAUAGCCUUUCCUACCUUUGAAGAAGCAAUAAAAGUUUUUGCAAAGUCUUCAGUAGAGAAGAUCAAAGAUGCUGGUAUAAGGCUCCAAGAUUGCCUGGCCAGAAAAGCUAAGGAACAUGCUAGGAAGGAAGCAGAAGAGAAAGUGCACCUGGAAGAAGAACAGCGGAUCAGAGAAGCAGAAGAAAAAGUUUCUACUGAAGUUGCUGCUGCUGAGGCUAAGGCUAAAGCUAAAGCCGAAGCUGAAGAAGCAGCAUGUGUUGCUAUAGAGGAAGCUGCCAAGGCCAAAGCUGAUGCUCUGACUCAGGGGGAGCACUCCAACUCUGGGUUUUCCCCUUUGGUCUUGAAGACUCUGGAGGAGCUACAAAAUGAACAACAAGUGGCUCGAGCUAGGCUAGAUCAACAGGACUCGGUUAACAUCAACAUUCAGAACAUGUUGUCUCAGCUACUUCAAAGGAUGCCUCUGCCCCAAACCCUUAGGCACCUAGGCUAUUUGUUUGUUGCUUCUUCUUCUGAUGUUUUUUCUUACUUUCUGAUCUAUGCCCUAUGUGCUGCUUAUCUGUACUUGUUUUUCUAUGCUAUAUAA